AUGAUGGAGAGGGGAACCAAAAGGCCACUGGAGGACGACAAUAACGAGAUGACCACAGCGGCCACUUUGGAUCAGGUCAGCGAUGUACGGCUUGAGUUCGGCGAGGUCGGCGAUCCCCCAGACGACUCAAUGCCUGCCAACUCAAUUCUGCUGCGCUUGGCUUCGCCUGUGUUCAACCGCAUGCUCCAGAGUGGCAUGAUGGAGGCACAGCAAAGCGUGAUCAGGGUGGAUUUGGCCAGCAAGGAGGAGUUCAAGAUCUUCUACAACCUCCUGGCACCGACGGCAUGGAGCACCGGUGCAGUGACAAAGGAGAAUGUUGAUUCGCUUCUUGCCAUAAGUGACUACUACCAGGUGGUCACCAUCAAGCAAGCCUGCGAAGCACAUCUUCUUCGUCUUCCCGCCACUGCCACGCGCCUCCUGCAAGCACGAAAGCACGGAUUGAAAUCACAAUACGAAAGAUGCGUUCGUGUCUUGGCCAAGCAAGGCGCAAAGGAGGACCUUGAGCUGCUCCGCAAAUCCGAACCCGACAUCCUCCUGGAGGUGGCCGUGAAGCAGCAGGAGCUUCGGAGGCCGCUGGUGGCAUUGAAAGAUGAGAUUCUCAGAUGCAAAAACCUUCUCCCCGAGCCCGCCGUGCCUGCCUAUCAAAGUCAUGCGUUUACCGCAGGGCGCAAACUCAGUGAGGGAGAAGCCAGCAAAAUCUCUCGAAUCUUGGAGAGCCAGGCUUCCUUGAAACACAUCCUCGAAAAGCUGCACAAGGAAUUGCAGUGA